UCGAUCGAUUAAAGAAAGAAAAACACUCUCUCUCCUCUCCUCAUCAAAGUUUCAAAACCCCAAAAUCUCUUUCUCUCUCAUUGAUACCCAUGAACGUGAGGAGAGCUUACAUUGUACCAGCUCUCUUCUAUUUUCUUUCUCUUCUUUUCAUGGCACUCCUCACUUUCGAACCAGACUCCUCCCAAUCCAAAAAACAACAACAACCCGCCUCCAAACGCAAGCGAAAGCAUCAGAUUCACAGCCAACAAUCCUCAUCCUCAUCCUCAUGGGACCAAAUCAAGAACCUCCUCACCUGCAAACAGAUCGAAGGGUCCACAGUUCACGACCCAUCAUCAUCUUCAUCCAAAGGCUCUGGUGGGUCUGCGAAGCUGAGUUCUUCUUGCAGCUCCAUAUGUAGUUUCAGAGACGUGGUUCAUGGCAACACUAGCAGGGUGGUUCACAGGGCCGAUAACUCCCCGGAAGGUAGCACUGUCGGCAAGGACAACAACAGGCUGCUCACUCGCAAAGCCACCGCUGCUGCUGGUGUCACUGGGUCUGCGUCGAGUCGAUCAUUGUCGAGCUCCACUAGAUCCAAUGGCGGCAGCGGUGGUGGUGGUGCAACGUUCACUUGCUCUUCUAGAGGCAUGCAAUUGAGAAAGCUUUCUGGGUGUUAUGAAUGUCGCAUGAUUGUCGAUCCUAGCAGGUACCCAUCUCCAAGGUCUACAAUAUGUGCUUGCUCAGAGUGUGGAGAGGUCUUCCCAAAGAUUGAAAGCUUGGAGCUUCAUCAAGCAGUUAGGCAUGCUGUGUCGGAGCUGGGUCCAGAAGAUUCGGGUCGGAACAUAGUGGAAAUAAUCUUCAAAUCAAGCUGGCUCAAGAAAGACAUCCCAAUCUGCAAGAUCGAACGAAUACUAAAGGUUCACAACACCCAGCGCACCAUUCAACGGUUUGAGGACUGCCGAGACACAGUAAAGAUCCGUGCAAACGCCAACACCAAGAAAAACCCCAGGUGCGCCGCUGAUGGCAACGAGCUGUUACGCUUCCAUUGCACAACUCUAGCUUGCUCACUCGGUGCGCGCGGCUCAUCAAGCCUUUGCGGUUCAAUACCAAGCUGCGAAGUAUGCACCAUUAUCAGGCACGGAUUCCAAGGAAAAGCAUCGGACGGCAAGGGAGUGCGCACCACGGCGAGUAGUGGUAGGGCCCACGACUGCCUCGAAGGAAUGGACGGUAGGAGGGCUAUGUUGGUUUGUCGAGUGAUAGCGGGAAGGGUGAGGCGCAUGGCGGAUGAUGCGCCGCCGGAGGAGGAUAGCUUGCCAGUUGGCUCAUACGAUUCUGUAGCCGGAAGUUCAGGGAUCUACACGAAUCUCGAGGAGUUGUAUGUUUUUAAUCCAAAGGCUAUCCUUCCUUGUUUCGUAGUGAUAUACAAAGCUCUUGAAUCUUAGUCGUUUAAUUAAAUAAUUUUUUAGCUUUUACUACUUUUAGUAAUGUAAUCUCAGAUAUAUCUAAUUCAGGGUUAGCUAACUUAGCUAACCCAUAUAUAAGUUUUGUAUUGUGUGUGUACAUGUUGGUUUUUUUUU